ACUGCGUUGGAAAAAUCCGUUGACGGUUAUUUCAUUUUCAUUUGGUGUCGGUGGCUUGCACCGUGAAUAUCGCGCCGGAGUCAAAAAAAUAUACAAAAAUUAAAGCUAAUAUCAGGGAUGACAAAAAAAGAAGAAAAACGAAACUGCUACCGGUCGUUAAUUAUUUAAUUGAAUAAUGAAGUGCUGGUGAUAGAAGUGAAUCGAAUUAUAAAAUUGUGCAUUCUUAGGGAUUUUUUUUUCUUGUUCUUAAAAACUUAACUUAUUAAUCAAAUUUAGUAUGAAUUUAUUUCAAAAAAUUGUCCUUUAUAUUAAAUUGUGUCUUCGAAGGCGAACCUUUUCAAAUAUUUAAAUGCGGUCGCCUGGCUUUUAUUUUAUUUGAAUUUAUGAUAUACUUAAUAUGAAUAUGCAUAUAUGAAAUUGUUUUUUGUUGUUUUUGUUGAGAGUGCAGUGCGAGUGUGUUUGUGAGGAAGUUAUAGUUUAAUGUUGGUUAGCUUCAAUUGUCGAGCAACAAAAAAAAAAAUAAUAAUACAGCAUCAGCAACAACAAUAGCAAAAACAACAAAGCGAUGCUGAUUGAUGUCACACACACCACGAAAAAAAUAAAUUAUCACCUUGAAGGAGCUUAUCAAUUUUGCGUGCACAUAAUGAUGUUAUCUUGGAAAUUACUUAAGUUUAGUUCAAUUUAGAGAUUUUGCCAGAGCCCUCAAAACGGAAACGGAAGUGACGACCAGAGGAAGGAGGAAAAGCGCAGGACGGCAGGACGAACGGCUGAAUAAUGCAAAUUAAAACACAAUAAAAUGUAAAACACAAAUGACAACAGAACUGAGAACGGCGAACGGAGCGCAAAAUAGCAAAAGCAAAAACAAAAACAAAAGAAAGUGAAGCGGUUGACAUGCCAAAAAAAAAUGCGCGUGGCGGCAACUUUUCCACUGAAUUGAUUUGAUUUGAGUUUGAGCCAGGAGUUCUGGGCGCCGGCAUACGGAGCGUAUGCGCGAUACGUAUACGCAAUAUAGGGCGCCGGGGGAGCGGCGGAAAUUUGCAUAACUUUGCUGGCGUGGCAUAAACAUCAAAAACAAAUUGCAAGUAACAAAAGGAAACAACGGUCAUAAAAACGGCGCCAGCCUCGUAAAAAUACGUAAAAAUUCGCCCCCCGCUCCAAAAAAUACAAAACAAAACAAAAAACCCCCCCCUUCACUCACUCUCACUUGCUGGUAAAAUUAAUUUAUGCAGCAAAUCAAAAACGAAUAGGGAAGAAAUAUAAAAGUAAUCGCAGGCAGUAACAAUUAAGACAGCAAAGGGAAAAGCAAGGAAACGCAGGGAAAAGCUGAGAAAAGCCGGGAAAAUCGCUGGCAAGUGCAGCGGCCAAAACAGUGUCGAAGAAACGGUUAGCAAGGGUUGCUUAUAAAUGUACCAGGACAGUGGCUGCAGCAGCAGUAGCAGUCGACGCGGCAGCAGCAGUGCAGCAGCAGCAGCAGCAGCAGCAACAUCUACAGCAGCAGCAACUGCAGCAGCAGCAGCAGCAGCAACAACAACCAGCAGCAGCGACGAGGAAACGCUCGAAACGCUCACAAUUAUAACCACCACCAUCACCGAGAGCGAUAUCCAUGCGAAUGCGACGACCACAACCACGACGGUUAUAGCCAGCGGUACGGCGACCACGGCGGCAACAGCAACACUUGCCACACUAGCAACACUUGCCACCGCAACCGCGACCACCACCAGCGACAUCGAGGACAGCAGUCCGGUGGAGAGCGAGGACAGUGCCGAGUGCGAGUACAUUGAGAUCGAUUGCCAGACGACCGCCCAGGAGAACACCUCGCCGAGCGGCGGCAGCAGCAGCAGUUGCGGCAAUGCGGCCUUGCUGCAGCGCAGCAGCAACCACCAGCAGCAGCAGCAGCAGCAACAUCUACAGCAGCAACAGCAGCAGGCGGACGUACGAUUGUUGCGCAAGAUUGGCUACAUUGCAUCGCGAGUGCGUUGCCUGUCCAAAUACUACGGCGAUUUCCGGCUGGUGAAUCCGUACAGUGCCCGCCGACAGCGGCGCCAAUUGCAGGAGAUCCUGCUCCGGCACUCGAUCUUCGAUCCCGGCAAGGAGCACCAGCGGGCGAUUGUCUUGGCCGCGGCCACAGCGGCAAUUGCCGGCCCUCUGGCGGCCAUCGAUUGCGCCUGCGGCAGCAGCAGCAUCAGCUUAGAGGCGGUCAGCAGCAGGAGUCGCAGCAGUGAGCUGGAGGUGGAGGAGCACCAGGAGGAGGAUCAGGAGGAGCAGCAGCAGCAGCAGCCAGGUGAGGGCACAGGCGAGGGAGAAGCCGAAGGCAACGCAGAGGGUGCAGAGCCGGCGAUUGCAGUCACCACCACCACCACGGCCACCGUGCGCCGGAAGUCGUCGAGCAGCUCCACCAUUAGCGGCACCACCACCGUUUCCGGUUCCGUCUCCGUCUCGGCAUCCGCCUCGCAAUCCUUCUGCUCCAACAACAUCAAUCUGCUCGAAGAGCUGCUCAUCCAGUUCUACGAGGAGCAGGAUCACCGCGGCAAUCUGACUGUGAUCCGGCACCAACAUCAUCAUCAUCAGCAGCAGCAGAGGAUCACCAACAACAACAACAAUAACAACUGCAACAGCAUACAGAACAACAACAAUAUGUCGAAUCCUGGAGGUGCCACAGCAACAGUGGCAGCCGUUGCAACCACAGCACUCAGCGUGGAGCAACCUGCAACGUCGAGUGGCAGCAGCACCACCACCACCACAACCACCACCCACUUGCAACCCACCUCGCUGCCCGAUGGCGGCGAUAAUCCGCGACGCCGGCGGGCCAGCGAUUGCUCAGCGGUCCAGGCCGCCCUCCAGAAUCAGCUGCACUGCAUCACGCUGAAGAACAACAAUUGCGGCAAGGCGAUGCCCUUCCAUCGCGGCAGUUGCGGUGCCGCCGGCGAGCAUCUGUUGGCUGCCAAUUCCAUUGCCAAUCGGGCAACCAUCAUCCUGAGCAAGUCAUGCAGCAAUGUCGAUGGCGAUGUGGCAGCCACCGCCCUGAGUUCCGCCGGCUUUGGUGGCAACAAGAUGCGGGCCAGUGCCACCGACAUCGAGUCGAAUGCGCUCAACGGGGCCAGGGAUGCCAUGGCCACGAUUGUCUCGAAUAAUGGGAAUGGCAAUGGGAACGGGAAUGGGAACGGGAAUAAUGGGAACAACGGCAACAACGAGUACAGCAUCCUCCAGCUGAACAACACGAUCAUCCAGUGCCACUUCAACGACGACGACUUCCGUGCUUUGGUCAAGGACCUCAAGCGCAAGGUCGAGUACACGGAGCGCAUGAACUGGCUAUGUCUCUCAAAACGACCGCUGGGGCCGCCGCAUCGUAAAAGCAGUCUACCAAAGCAUCAGGAGGUGAAGCGCCGCUUCCUGGAAAUUUGUGAUACGACCUUCUCGGAGGAGGUGAGGGCCGCCCUCCGCCUGCCGGCCUUCGAUUCUUACGAGUGGGGGGACGCCGACGUCAUCCACCUCAUGCAGACCAUGUUCGUCGAGCUGGGAUUCAUCGAGAAGUUCAGCAUCCCGGUGGAUACACUGCGCGAAUGGCUCUACGAGGUCUACAAGCACUACAACGAGGUGCCCUUCCACAACUUUCGCCACUGUUUCUGCGUUGCCCAAAUGAUGUAUGCCAUAACGCGCCAGGCGAACCUGCUAAGUCGUCUAGGCGACCUGGAGUGUCUGAUCCUGCUGGUGUCCUGCAUCUGCCACGACCUUGACCACCCCGGCUACAACAACAUCUACCAGAUCAAUGCCCGCACCGAGCUGGCUCUCAGAUACAAUGACAUCUCGCCGCUGGAGAAUCACCAUUGUUCGAUAGCAUUCCGCCUGCUGGAGCAUCCCGAAUGCAAUAUAUUCAAGAACUUCAGCCGCGACAACUUCAAUAACAUUCGCGAGGGCAUCAUCCGUUGCAUUUUGGCCACGGACAUGGCCCGUCACAAUGAGAUCCUCACCCAGUUCAUGGAGAUCACGCCCGUCUUCGACUACAGCAACCGUGCGCACAUUAAUCUGCUCUGCAUGAUCCUGAUCAAGGUGGCGGACAUCUCGAACGAGGCGCGACCCAUGGACGUGGCCGAGCCCUGGCUGGACCGCCUGCUCCAGGAGUUCUUCGCCCAGAGUGCCGCCGAGAAGUCGGAGGGAUUGCCGGUGACGCCCUUUAUGGACCCCGACAAGGUCAGCAAGCCGGGCUCCCAGGUCCGCUUCAUCGGCCUGGUGCUCCUCCCACUUUUCGAGGCCCUGGGCGAACUGGUGCCGGAGCUCACCGACCUCAUCAUCAUACCCGUGCGCAUCGCCCUGGAGUACUACAGGCGCCUCAACGAUGCCCAGACGAAGACGCGAAAGUCGGUGGCGGACAGCAACACGUCGGCGACCUCGGACAGCAACAGCGGCACCAUCGACUCCAAUGCGGCGAUGGUCAGCACUCCGGGAGCGGCCAGCGAUAAGAUGAGUCUGGACAAGGGCCAGGGCAAUUCGCAGGGCUCCGGCGGCGGAGGAGCUGGUGGCACUGGAUCCGGAUCGGGAUCCGGUGGUGGUGGCGGUGGCGGUGGCAACAAUGCCGCCGGCAGCGUCUCCCCGCAAAUGCCGCGCUCCGGAUCGGGGAUCAGUGUCAAGUCGCGGCGCAGCAUCCCGUCGCAGAAGUCCGCCUCGAGGACGUCCGUGGAUGAGCCCGGCGGAAUGGCGGCGGAGCUCCACGAUUUGCCCGAGGGCAGCGAGAGCGGCGACUCGGAAACGGCCACCGAAGUGGAUGUGGCCGAGAAGACGUCCAAGUUCAAGGUGGACACGGAGGGCAGCAGCAACCGGAGCAAGUCCUCGCACUCCACCUCCCGCAAAUCCUCCCGCGAGAAGCGGCCCUCGAUGAUCGGCGAACUGUGCAGCAGUGGCGGUGGCCAGCGGAUCCGGAACUCCUAUGGGAACAUCCAUGGCUACCACAGCAAUCGCUGUCACUUUGGCAACAAUCGGGCGGUCAGCUUGGAUCAGUACAGCAGUGCCGGGAAUCGCCGUUUGUCCGACGGAUUGCCGCAGGUGAUCUCGGAUAGCAAUGUAUUCUAUGGACGGCACAAUCGCUGCGGCUUGGAGGCCACCGGCGGUGGUGGUGGUGGUGGUGGUGCAGUGGUUGCCCAUCCGCAGGACACCAAUGCCAAUACAAAUCAUCCGGGGAGUUGCCAGCUGAAGGAGCUACUCGCUCGCACCGAGGCGGAUUCGGAGGGUGAGGGGGGAGGUGGAGUUGGAGGUGGGGGCGAUGCCAAGGAGGAGAAGAUGCCACUGGCCAUUGCACCACCGGCGAUGGUGGUGGCCACCUCAUCGAAUGGCAAUAUAUCGCCACCGCCCCAGGUGGUCACCGAGCAAAUCCUGCCCAGCAAUGGCAGUGCACGCAGCAGCAAUGCCAGCGGUGGCUCCGCAAUUCCUGGAGGAUCGGGUGGAGUGCCAGGACCAUCGACUGGCGGUGGCAGUUCCUGGAAAUCGCGACUGCGCCAAUUCUCCGACUACUUUAGCUUCAGCUUCGACAAGGGCAACAAGCGCUUCGGCAGCACACGGAGUAGUCCAUGUCCCGGUUCCAAUUCCAAUUCGGGACGGGCCAACAAUAAUGCCAAUGGUUUGGUGGAAAAUCAAGAGGGAUCAGGCGGUGGCGGUGGAGCCAUAAAACCGGGAAUGUGCUGCACCAUCACCACCAACAGUACAGGAUCGCCGGCAAGGGGCGAGGCUGGAGGAGCCGCAGGAGGAGGCAGUGGAGCCAUGACCACCGGUAAUGAUGCCGCCCAUCAGCGCCAUCGCGCCUACAGCCUGGAUGUGCCCGGCAUGAUGCGAUACUCCUCCAACGACAGCAGUCGCCAUCCCAGCAGCAACACCCUGCAGAGUGCGGGUGGAGGAGGAGGAGGUGGAGGAGGAGGUGGAGCAGGAGCAGGAGGAUUGGAGGCCAAUGCCCCACAAGUGCCACCCAGUCUCAGUGUGGAGCUGGGCCUGGCCAGCGGCUCGUCAUCGGAGGCGGGCCCAAAGAUUUGACAACAGGGGAGCACCAGGGAGGAUUCACGGGCACGAGGAGGCAAGGGGGAGGAGAAGGAGGAGGAGGAUCACGAGGAGGAGGACGACGACGACGACGACGAGGAGCACCGCCGGCUGCAGCAGCAUCAGCAGGCAGACGCCUCCUCCAGCUGCGAGGUGUCCUCCAUGUCGAUGACCGUGUGGUCGGCAAUUGGCCAGCGUUUGAACGCCCUCGUCUGUCAUUGUUGCGAACGCAAGCUGCCCGAACCGGAAAAUGUCUAAAUGGAGAGGGGAUAGGGGGGGGAG